AGCAGGCGGAACGGGGCGUGUCUUAAUGAAAGGGCAAAAAGAGAGUCGGCACCUUUUUGGGGCUUCUCGGCGCGCAGUUACAUGCGAUCAUCACCACACGUUGGUUAUUUUUUUUAUUUUCUUUUUUUCUUCCUUCUUUUCUUUUUGUUUGUUCAAGAGAGAGACCCUCCCCCACCUAGUGUGUGUGUGUGUGUCUUUUAUAGGAAGGUCCUCGUAUAAAAGUGGCUCAGUUUGCCAGUUUGCCACCCAAAACGCUGCCAGUGCUUCGCGCAACGACAACCAUUUUUGAUUUUAAAAAGAAAAAGUGAAUCAUGUGCCGCCGUCGAUUCUAGUGCCAUUCACGUGUCCGUUCUAGAAAGUGAAUUUUUUUUUUUUAUAUAAUUUUAACCGCAAAAGACUUGAGAAAAAUGAAGUGCGCGUGUUGCGUCGUUUUCUUUUACGUUUAUUCGCAUUUGAUUGGUGUGUCGUCCACUCCCGUUCCAUCAGAAACCAAAAACAACGUCAUCAACACCAACAACAGUGUGACGAACAACAAUAACAGUGCGUUGAUUACCGACAAUUUGUCUAGUCUUCAUCGUUCACAACAACAACAACAACAACAGCAGCAGCAGCAACAACAACAACAAAAUGAACCAGACAAUUCAGAAUGGGAAAUUCUAUACGACAAGGAAAUUGGAACGUGGUGUCAACCGUCUGGUGAUGAUGUGCAAACCGUCGGCGAACCGAUCACCCACUCGCCUUUGGAACUGGUCAAUCGAGAAUUGCAACGAAUGAGCCCGGCGAUCAACACGGGACCGGCACCAUCGAUCCCCGACUCUUCCGUGUUGACACGAUGGGUAGAUGCGGCGCUGCGACUCGUUCGCGGCCAAACUCUUCAAUUCAAUUGCAAUUCAACAGAGUCGACUUGUCCCCGACAAACCGAGGAACACGAAGAGAAAGAAGAAGAACGACAGCAAAGCACGAUAGCCAACAGCCGGCCUGUGGCCAGCAAUAUGAACCUUUACGUGACCACCGUCGACAAGCAGCAGCAGAAAUGGAAUCAGAAAUUGGAAGCCGUUUUACCCGAUGGUGCCCUGUCUAAAACAGGUGCUCACGACGCUUGGCUCGUUCUCGAUCCGACGCCUCAAUUGGCUUUUGGACACACGCUUUACGUCUUUGUCGUCGAUUUCAACACGUCGGACGUCAAUUGCAUCGCGGCCGGUGGCAUUCCUCUAGAUGGCGAUGAAUGCAUGAAUCGAGUUUUCAAGAACCGAUGCGCCAACAGGAUGAUGGUGAGACGGGCGGCUGCUGCACCUGCACCGACGGCUAAUUGGCGUCAUCCGCACCGUUGCGACGUUGAUUUCUUGCCGUUGGUCCAUUCGCAAAACAAGACGCCCUUGCAAAGCGAGCAGCGUUUGGUGUGCACCAAUCAAGUCAAAGGAUUGGCACCGUGCCCUCAACUUCGUUCGUGGAACGACACAUCCGAAUUGAUUUGCGAUCCGUUGAGCACGAACCACAAACGAUGCGACAGUACGCAAGACGUGGUCAAGACGCGGUGUCGGUUGUUCGAAACAUGCGACCAGGCCGUCCUGCUCUCUGGCGGAUGGAAUUGGCAAUGGAGCGGAGAGAGAGAACUUGGCCGGCUCUUGUCCGUCUACCGCAUGUUGCGUCACAAUGGAUUCGACAAGCAGAGCGUUAAAAUCUUUUUCGCCAACGGGGCCAGAGCCAAAAAAGGAGCGGCAGCCGAACAGCAGCCCAGCAAAGCAGUCGAUCCCAUUGCAUCCGAUCCGUUUUCUUUUUUCUCUCCGAAAGUGGUGGCCAAUCAGCAGAAAACGGGCGAUGUCAAACCAGUCAAUCCGCACCGACAUCACGAUCAUCACGAUGCCAGCGAACGACCAGCCAUGUAUCCGGCAUCGUUGAAAAUCGGAUUGCGCAAUCACAUCCGCACCGUGUGCACCACUCCGCACUGCGCCGACUCGUUCGUCAUUUACCUGUCCAGUCCCGCCCGAUCGGAUGGCGCUUCUCUCUUGUGGGAUGCCGACAAUAACGGAGAGUACGAUGAAACGGAAGUGUACACGAUUCGAGAAUUCCUGCGAGACAUUCAAGAUUGCUUGGCCCGCCAGGUGGUCGUUUUGGUCGAUCAAAAUUAUUCGGGUUUGUUGGCCGACAGUUUGAAACGAUCCAAACGUCAUGCCAAUGUUUUAAUGUUUACCAGCGGCCUAUCGCAUCAAAUGUCACGUGUCGGCGAAUUCACCCAUCAUUGGGCCAAUUAUCAUCACGGCCAUUCCUGUUUAUCGCAAACGUUCAAGGAUUCUUUAGAUGUCAUUCGAUUUUCUACAAGUCGAUACGAGGACAAUUCUAAUGGAACGUUGAAAUACAAUUUAUUUGGGGCGCCUUGUGACGCCGUUCCGCCUUAUUCCAGCUACGAACUGAAAUCACUUUACAUGGGAUGUCAAUAUGUUCCCACCCGACUUUGGCUCAGCCGGCCAGGAACUCAAGUCGAUCCACCUCCACGACUUUUAACUGGACGACGGAGACGAUGAGAAAAUUUGUUUGAAAAGAAAUUAAAACAUUUAAUUCUCUUUUUUUUUUUUACGUUAUCUAAAUUAUGACAGUGAGAUCGAUUGUUUUUGGCAUUAUUAUUCUAUUUUGAAUGUUUUUUUUUUUUAUGGCUGGCCGAUAACCGUCUCUCAGGUCUUCAGGCAUUUUUAAGCGUCCUUUUAUGGUACCGUGUACUUCUUUUUCCUGAUAUAUGUUUAGCCUUGACAACAUUUGAAAAAAAGGAAAAACUAUGGGCAAAAAUAUUACUAUCAAUAUGUUUUUUUUUUGCCAAUCUUUUAUAAGUAAAUAGCCCCACAGUUUAUAUUCUCUGAUACAAUUCUUUUUUUUUCUCUUCUA